AUGGGAUCCAUCAACAAGCAAAUAUCUCGGUUCGAGUGCACGGCCGUGUAUACUCAUCCCGAGGCAAGGGUGGACAUUGUUCUCAUCCACGGUCUGAAUGGCGAGCCGCAGAAGACGUGGACUGCAAAGAAUGGCAUCUUUUGGCCAACCGACCUCCUCCCUGACUCUCUGAAGGACGCACAUGCCAAUGUUCUUGUCUAUGGAUAUAACGCUGAUGUAUACUCGUCUCGUAAUGAUAAAAAAAGCGAAGACUCUACUCGUAAUCCUAUCAUAUGGGUGGCUCACAGUCUUGGCGGUAUACUCCUUAAACGAGCACUCGAGUACUCCAACGAUGUCCGAGUCAGCCAACAUGAGGAUUACCGUUCCAUAUAUGUAUCUACUUUCGGUAUCAUAUUCCUCGGAACACCACACACCGGCUCCGGUCUAGCAACAUGGGGUCAUAUGCUCCAGUCUAUGUCUGAUGUGAUCAUUCCAAAGAAGAUCUUCGAGUCAGAACCAGUCUUGCUCAAGACUCUGAAGAAAGACAACGAGACACUUCAGAACAUCAACAACCAUUUCCUCGACAUUUACCAGCGUUUCAGGAUUCACAUGGCCCAUGAGAAUCACAAGACAGACAUCAAAGGAUCAAAGUGA